UGUCUUUGUAAGUUACUUCGGGAGCCGAGUGCACCGACCUCGUUUCAUCGGCUGCGGUGCCAUCCUCGUCUCCUUGGCUGGGUUCCUCAUGUCUCUCCCCCACUUCAUAACUGGACCCUACGAGUAUGACCGGUCCGUUGCCAGUAGGUACUCUAGGAAUAUAUGCCUUUUGUAACAGAAAAAGGGAAUUACUUUCCCUGGAGGGGUUGGGACCUGAAAGCUGUAGGUUUGUCCUCAAGAAAUUUUAAUUUUCUGAGAAGGUAAUCAUCUCAGCCCUGAGAGGCAACAACUGAUGGUGGGAAGCAGAGCCAGGGGACAGCUGGAACCAUGGGCAAGGGCACGAAAACAAUCAAAACGUAAGCUGUGCCUCUGGUUCCCCUUGCCUUCUGCACACCCACACAGCAGGCAAACACCAGGUACUUCUGGUCUUCUCCAGCCAUCUGGGCUCUCAGCUUCCACGAGUUGAGCCAAGUUGUCCUCAUGCACGUGAACUGCUCCCUUAUUUUCCUAAUGUAGAUAAGAGAAAGUCUCAUAAACUCUAUCACCUGAGGCCCUUUGCAGAAGGGAAAUGAGAGGUCUGGGAAGGAGCUUGACUCAACCCGAUGUCGGGGGCAGCUUUGGGGGUGAAAUGCUGUUGUGUGUAAUAAGGGAGCAUCAGUUUCACACCUAACUUCUGCUGCUUGUGGGGCACCUCACCCACCCAUCUUCCUCUGUCUAGCUGAGCCAUCUUUCAGGGAAUGCUCUGAGUUUUUGGAUCCCACCAGAAAAUCAACCUCCUGUGAGAAACGUGCAGGACUAAAUCACUCACGGAGGAACAGGUCAGGGUGGAUUUGGGAUUUGUCCCUGAAAGAAGGUGAAGGGUGAGAAAGAAAAAGAAGAGAAAAAGAAGAGAAAAAGAAGAGAAAAAGAAGAGAAAAAGAAGAGAAAAAGAAGAGAACCUUCACUCUCUAUUACCUUCCCAAAUCCUGCCAUGAAGCUCCAGCAAAUCUUUUAGAAGCCUUCAUUAAACAGCUUUUUUCUGACUCUUCGGAGAGAGCACAGCUGGUUCACACAGCUGCAGACAGUAAAGGAAGACUUAAAUAGGUGAAUAAUUCAUGUCUGCAAACAGGGGUCAGCUGCUAAGGACAGUUUGGAACAAUUAGCUAUGUUUCAGCAGUGCUGGUGCAGGUGGCCCUGUGUCGUGCACUCAAGAGUUGCAUGUUAUUUGGGGCAUAACCAUGGAAAUCCUGCUACAAACACCACCACCGCCUCCCUGAGCAUUUUAAGGAAGAUAAAGCUGCUAGAAUCAGCACUUUCACUUUGCAAUCCAUUUCUGGGUAAAACGCGUUCUGGUUUCCUGAGCAGCUAUUCACAAAAUCUGCAGGUUUUCUCACUUACCUUUAUUGCAAGAUCUAUCAAAGGUCCUGGAAGUGAUCUCAGCUCUGCAUUUUCAGCGGAGGUGGCUUUUCAUGGCACAUGCACCCAUCUCACUGUGAACACCUGCACAGCAAUCUCUGCACUUUCUUUGCAUUUUCCUUCACCUGACAUCUACCACGUGCAUACCUACACGCUUGCUGCUGUCUUAGGGAAACGCUUUCUCCAAACCAAGCUCCUUAGAUCUGCUCCCCUUGUCAUGGCAGGCAUGUUCAGCAACACCACCGACCUGUGCCAGCCUGGGGUCCCGGGGUCCUGGGGGAACCUCAGCAAUGCUGGCUGCACCCCCCACGCUGCCAGAGAGAACCACGAGGUUCUCCUUGUCUUGUUCACCGCCCAGGCGCUGCUGGGCGUUGGAGGUGUCCCCAUCCAGCCCUUUGGGAUCUCCUACAUCGACGACUUUGCAAGCGAGAGGAACUCCCCCCUCUAUUUGGGCAUCUUGUUCUCCGUGACUGUCAUCGGGCCGGGGGUGGGCUUCAUGCUGGGCUCUGCCAUGCUGCGUUUUUACGUCGACAUCGACAAAGUCACUGGAGAUGAAGUCCAGCUCAUGAAUAAAGACCCACGGUGGGUCGGUGCCUGGUGGCUCGGUUUCCUGGUCGCAGCCAGUCUCGUGGCCCUGUCUGCAAUGCCUUAUUUCUUCUUCCCACGGGAAAUGCCAAAAGAGGUGGCGAGUGGGAAGGAGAACGACAGCAAGAAGAGUGAGGAUGUGCUCAGCCAGCUCAGGUCGAGUUCUGAACACAUGCAAAACCUCUCUCUGACCCAGUUCAUCAAACAUUUUCCUCUGGUCCUGUUGAGGAACCUGCGUCAUCCCGUCUACCUGCUGGUGGUGUUGGCUCAGGUCAACCUCUCUGCCAUGGUUGCUGGUUUAGCAACAUUCAUGGGGAAGUUCCUGGAGAGACAGUUCUCCCUCACGGCGUCCUUGGCCAACAUGAUCAUUGGUGCUGUGAACAUCCCUGGGGCGAUGGUCGGAAUCAUUGUGGGUGGUGCCAUCCUGAAGCGGUUCCAGAUGUCCUUGAGGCAAUGCAGUGCCAUAUGCGUCCUCGGCAUGUUCCUCUGCCUGCUCAUGGCUUUCCCCCUCCUCUUCCUCGGCUGCCCCACGCAGAAGGUUGCAGGCAUUACCUACAGCGAGAGCUCUGAAGUUGGACACCACACCUUGGAGUGUAACCUCCAGUGUAACUGCCCUGAGAAAGCCUAUAACCCCAUCUGCGGCUCUAACGCUAUUGAAUACAUCUCACCCUGUUCUGCUGGCUGCAGAGUCAUAAAUAUUGAUGCAGACAACUCGGUCUUGAACUACACCAACUGCAGCUGCAUCUCCAAAAACGGGCUCGCGGGGUUCGCCAAGCCCGGGACCUGUGGCACCGACUGCUUCCACCUCUUCCUGCCCUUUGUGGUCCUGUCCUGCCUGGCAGGGAUCCUCGCCAGCAUGUCCCACACGCCAUCCUUCAUGCUCAUCCUCAGGAGCAUCCAUCCUGAAGACAAAUCAUUUGCUGUUGGGAUACAGUUCAUGCUGCUGAGAGUUUUAGCAUGGAUGCCGGGACCCGUUCUGUAUGGCAGCGCCAUCGACACGACCUGCAUCCUCUGGGAGAAGAAGUGCGACAGGAGGGCAGCCUGCAGAUACUAUGACAAUAACCUCUUCAGGCAAAGGUACCUUGGUCUCCAGUUUUUCUUUGAGGUGGGUGCUUUUCUGUGCUUCGUGACCGUGUAUGUGAUUCUCAGACGGCAGGAGAGGGAAGCCAGCAAUGCAGCAGAGACAAAGGCAGACCCAGAGAAGGAGAAACUGGCAGGAAACUCCAGAAAGAGCCCAGAAUCCAAAGUGUGACACCAAAAAUGUGAAUUACAAUCCAUGUCUGGGCAGGUGAAGCCAUGUGAAUCACUCCACACCUGAACUGUGAAGGAUGUGGACAAUGGGGCUGCUUCCUAACCUUCUGGGUGGGGUGCACUAUUCCUGUACUGCCAUGUACUGUUCUAUGCCUGCCUUCUCCACCUCCAUGAUGCAGCUUGCUCCUUCACAUGGAUUAGUCCACAUUUAUUAACCUUUGGACACUGCAGUCUUCUGGAUUUAUGUCCUCCAAAGCAUUUGUUCCUUCUGACAGUCUCCGUGAUGCCAGCUCUGGGCGUUAACCAUAUAGCUGAAAGGGUUUGUGUUUGGAUUUUUUAAAAUAAAUAAUUUUUAAGAAAAUUUUUUUUAGUGAACCCAUACAUCUCCAUAAAUGAUGGUCUGUCUGUAGCCCCCAACAUGUCAGUUAACUUCUUCCUUUUGUUCUUGCAGUCUUAGAUGGCCUUUCUUCCUUGAAGGCUUCAUCCAGUACCAGCUGACAUUGAUGGGAUUUUUGCAAGGAUCAACUCACAUGCUUUCCCAGCUGCUGUGUAGAUGCUGCUUUGGUGGCAAGGAGGGAUGAGGGUGCUGGGCAGGGAGGACAUCAGAAGGAACUGCAGAUCUCGCCUGGGAGAGAAACUCCAGCACCCACAGACUCGUAGAGCUUUGGCAGCAUGGCCACAUUUUGCAGUAAUAACAAUAAUUUUUAUUUUUGCAUCA